AUGUAUCAAGGCGGCGGACAGCGGGACCCUUCGCGGCCCUAUCAGGUGCCGCCACCUCCCCCACCCAUGUCGCCGCCGAUGGUUCAGCUCGGCAACGGCAUGAGCCUCCCUCCGCCUCCUCCUCCUCCGUUACGAUAUCCUAGCACAUCCGGCGGUGUCCUGGGCCCUGGAAACCUACCACCACCACCGUCUGGUCCUCCGCCGGGCAGUGCUCUUGGCCAGCAGGCGCCUUGGCACGGAACGUGGGGUGGCCGUGUGUACGACGCGCUCGGCGCCUUCCCGCCACCGCCGCCACCCCUGAUACCCGGAGUAAACCCGAACGCUGCCGCGAGUCAACAACACCAGGCAUAUAACCCGAAGAUGCACGCGGCCGUUGGUGCCGCACCAGGCCAGACUGUCAACCUCCCGCCGCCGCCGCCACAAAAUGAGCAGAUGUCAGCUACAUACAUUCCCGGCAUUGACACGUACGGUGAAGGCGUGGGCAUUCCCGGAUUUGGCGGCGCGGUCGACAGCAUGACUCCAUAUUCGGCCAAUGCACCGUUUAUGCAGUGGAACCAGGCACCACCUGGCACCUUUCCAGGAAACGAUCCCAACAACAACGGCAACAGCCAUAUGAACAACACCGGCAGCGGUGGCGGCGGCGGCAAUAAUGGCCCUGGUGGCUCCAAUGUGCCGGGUGGCAGCCAAGUGGGCACCCCUAUGGACGAACAGCCCGGCCGCCUGAAUCCUGGUGCUGGCAUUGGCGCAAACAAUCAGGGUGUAUCUAUGACGAGCAACGCAUCAAGCUCCCGCGGCAUACCGCCAGAGAUGGCAGCGCAGUGGCCUUUGGAGCGUGUUCUGUCCUGGCUGCAGUCCCACCAGUUCCCCAAGGAUUGGCAGGAGGCUUUCAAAAAUCUGGAGCUGAGCGGCACACCCUUUCUCGAACUAGGUAGUGCUCAUGGUGGCCGCGGCAACUUUAGUUUGAUGCAUCAGCAAGUGUACCCGGCCCUCAAGCAGCUCUGGAUCGAGAGAACCGGUAUGCCUGGUGACAAAUGGGACCCAUCCAAGGACCGUGAGGAAGGUCGCCGCAUGCGCCACCUCAUUCGGAGCAUCGUCAGUGGGCGCCCUACCGACGCCUCCAAAUUCCCUACACACGCUCGGAAGGAGUCCAACCCGACAAACGCCAGCCACAACCUGCCAAGCGCAGGUGCCGAAAGUGAUUCGCCAAACACUCCGAUCAAGGCCCCUGGCCCUGGAUUCUCGUCCCGGCGCAUAUCUUCUCAGAAUUUGCGUGGUGCACAAAAUUUGCCACCGAUGCUGAACAGCGCCGGCAGUGGGCCGUCUCCCGGUGCGGGAAGCAAUGCAGGAGGAACUUCGGCAGACGCCAACCACCGCGCCGUAUUCAAAAACCUUGAUGUCGACAACGGCCGCCGUCAUAGCCCAAAUACAAGCGACGUCGGGCUCGGAAGGGAUAGCCCUGCCGGUAGCCCGGUCCCAGGGUCAAGCAACCUUUAUGCGGUCAACACCCCCAGCCUUUCCGCUUCACCACACCAGUCCCGCUUUGGCCACCGCUCACGAAACAGCACCGAUUCCAUGUCAUCCAAUGCAGCCAUCUAUGGGUCUGGUCUACCUGUCGAAGCUAAUCAAAUGCUGCGACAGGGCAUGAACAUUGGCGAGAUGAUCGGUGCAAGCAACACUAACACAGGAGCCGGUGCUAAUGCUCGGCCGUCGUCGCACGACUCCGGCGACCGGUCUGCCGGUACUGACCCACCGAACAGUGCCAAAGAUGCCAAAUCGCUGCGUUCGUUUUGGAACCGAAAGAAGAAACCCAAGGACGACAACUCGUUCCCCUCUCCCGAUGGCCUCGAAUCGCCGACGAGUCCGGUCGUCACAAACAAGUCCUCGUCCACUCUCGGCAGUCGUGCUGGCAAUGCUAGUGACCUGUCUCUCGACCGCCCCAGCUCGAGCUUUGCGACCAGCCAUGACUUCAGCGGAUCUAACACCGGCUCCUCGUCCCAGUACAGCAAGCCAUCAUCUUCCUUUUCAUCUGCCGCUUCAUCACGUGUGUACAUCCUUGCUACGGCUGAUUAUUGGAACUACCGCAUGGUGGAUGUGACAGAUGUCGCCAACCCGGCCGAGCUUCGGCAGUUGAUCUGCAUGAACCUAGGUCUACCAGAAGGUGAUGGGGCCACUUUGUUUUUGACCGAUCUGGGCCAGUUCAAUCACGAUGCGCCGCUGGAUGAUGCGAAGCUGGCAGCGAUCAAGACGUUGAAAGCUGACGGUGCUGGUGCAACAAAAAUUUUCGUACGGCCACGGAACAUUGCACUAUCGCAACCCCAGCUCUCUCCUGCCUAUGCUGCCCAUGGUGCCUCCAUCGAUAUGGAUGCAUAUGAUGCUCUAAACGGCGUUUCAAGGCCGAGAUCUAGUUCAUCUCCGCCGACGUCAAGACAGAACAGCACGUCUGUGUCGAUUGACCAAGCGCUGCCUAUCAACGGCGGUGCGGGCGGGGACCCAAGCAAGGCACAAACUAGGAACGAUGCCGCUGCCAACCAGUACCGCGCGGAAAUUGAACGUAAAGGUCAAGCAUAUCUUGCCAAACGCCGACAGGCGAACGGCAACGUUUCAGCCACGCCCGUUCAGGAGAACGCACCUUACGGCGGAAUUGUUGGUAGGAACGUGGAUUUCGAUCAGCCACGCGUGUCGCCUUUCGAGGAUAAGAACCCCGACAAGCUUUUGCCUCAGCGCCGUGCACCAGCACCACCUGGCGACCCAUCUGCAACGCUCAUCAAGGCAAACUCGCUUAGCAAACGGUCCGGCGACCGUAUGCGUCUGUCUCAAGGCAGCAUCGAUGGCUACCCCAGCAACAAGCGGCCUGCCCUGCCGACAACAAACGAAUCGCCACAAGAAAUGUCUGACAAGGCCGGCCGGAACCGGUCCUCGCCUGGCACUGUUGGCGGCAAUGGUGCUAGCAAUAACGGCGACUCUGGCAAUGGUGGCCUUCAGCCGAUGGGUGCAGUAGCAAGUGCCAUUAUUGGUAUGGGUCGAGGCCUCGGCGGACUAGGCCACCCGUCUCGUGGUGUUUCACCUAACCGCGUAGCUGCGAACUUUGCACGCCUGCCAUCAGGCUCCUCACAGUUCCAGCAAAAACCACGACCAGAUCUAGAUUUCCGCAACAACGAUCCCAACUUUCCUCGCGGAGGCGGCCCACCUCGUAUUGGUAUGCCUGCAGCUCUGACAAAACCGACGCGACUGUCUGUAUCUAACGACGACUCCGACGACGACUCUGAUGACGGCCUAUUUGCUGUGCCCCUUGCUUCCCGUGCGCCAACUGCCAGUAGCAGCAGCAACAGCACCAGCAUGACUAAGAGCGAUGUCGAGGCAGCUGUAGCGGCGGCAGCGGCGACAACUUCGUCCAAGGCUGCUGCCGCCGCUGCUGCGGCAAACGGAGGCGAACCAGACUCUGGCAGUGGCAACGGCAGACGGCCGAACCUGACUGUGGAGACGAAGCGGCCCCGUAAGACGCUGUCUGUAGCAUUUACAUCUCCUGUUUCUGCGUCGACUGGCGGCAACCUUCCUGGCGAUAACAAUGGCAGCAUGAUCAACCGGAGCGCUGGUAGCAAUUCGCGGAUGUCCGAUCACACAAGCGAUGACGGCAGCUCAAGCCGACGGACUCCAGGUACUCCCGACUCUAGCAACGAUUGGAAGUCCACAUCUUCGGCGACGGACGAUGGCAAGCUGAGCCGGCGCAAGUCAUUUGUGGAGCGAGAUGUCUGGGCGAACCGUCCCCCAACUGAUGCGCUGAUCAACAACCUGGAGGACUUCUUCCCUAAUCUGGAUGUCGAUCAGCCAGUGCUAGAAGAAGGGCCAGAGCCCGAGUUCUCAACGUCGCCGAUUGCUGAAGUGCCCGAAUCAGAUGAGUCGCUGUCUGCCGGUGGAAGAAACCGUGCUGGUAGCUCUGGCAUGGCCGUCAAUAUGAACAAUGGUCUGGGUGGCAGCAUGAGUGCGGGCGCCGGCCCCAGUUCUGCAUUCGGUUCUGGUCGCAGCCCUGGUUCAGACGCACGGUCUCCUGCCGAAGCCGUAGUGGCCGCUGUAGCUGCAGCCAAGGCCGCCAAAGCAUCUUCCAGUGGAACAGGCACCACUUCGUCGUCUAUAUACAAUGAAAACGACACACUUGGAUCCGACGAGUCGACACUCAAGGCCCUUGAUCGGCCGUCUUCCAUCUCAUCCGUCGCACAGCGCAGUCUUCGGCGGUCUGGUGGAUUGGGCCGUAUGAAGUCCAUCCGUGAAGUGGCACGGGGCGCACAUGAGGCCAACAAGCGGUACACUCAGACGCAGCUGGCACAGCACCAGCAGCAACACCAGCAAGUCCAACAGCAGCCACCUCCUCAACCUGGGGCGCCCGGUAUCCCACGGCGUGUUCCAGUCAGCCAAGCCGCGAUUGUGCGGCGCAAGUCAACCAAGAUGUUUGGUGCCAGCAUUGUGCAGGUGCGGCCUGACCGUGAGCAAGGAUCGAUUGUAGUCCCACAACUGCCACCCUUGCACGGCCAGGGCGAUGCCAGCGGCAGUGGCAGCGGUGGCAACACGGACAACAACGGUAUUCCCAAGCGACAGACGACGUUCCGCUGGUUCAAGGGUCAGCUGAUCGGCAAGGGCACGUUUGGCCGUGUGUACCUGGGCAUGAACGCGACGACGGGCGAGUUCUUGGCUGUGAAAGAGGUAGAGGUGCCACCGAAGCUGGUGGCUCAAAACGACAAGAACCGGGUGCGCGAGUUAGUGGCGUCGCUGAACCAGGAGAUUGAGACCAUGCAGCACUUGGACCACGUGAACAUUGUGCAGUACUUGGGCUGCGAACGCAAGGAGACCAGCAUCAGCAUCUUCCUCGAGUACAUUUCCGGUGGCAGUAUCGGCUCCUGUUUACGGCGGCACGGCAAGUUCGAGGAGCCCGUGGUGGCAAGCCUGACUCGCCAGACUCUUUCCGGCCUGGCGUACUUGCACCGGGAGGGCAUUCUACACCGCGACCUGAAGGCCGACAACAUACUGCUUGACGUGGACGGGACGGCCAAGAUCAGCGACUUUGGAAUCAGCAAGAAGACCGACAAUAUUUACGGCAACGACCGGACCAACUCGAUGCAGGGCAGCGUGUUCUGGAUGGCGCCGGAGGUGAUCCGGCCACAGGAUGAGGGCUACUCGGCCAAGGUGGACAUUUGGGCCGUGGGCUGCGUCGUGCUCGAGAUGUUUGCGGGGCGGCGGCCUUGGUCGCAGGAGGAGACUGUGGGCGCGAUCUACAAGAUUGCGCAAGGCGAGACGCCGCCGAUCCCGCAGGACGUGCGGGAGACGAUCAGCCCGUAUGCGAUUGCGUUCAUGCUGGACUGCUUCACGGUCAACCCGAUGGAGCGUCCGACGGCAAGCCGGCUGCUGUCACAGCACCCGUUCUGCAACCUUGACCCUGACUAUGACUUUGCAGAGACGGCGUUGUACGCCAAGAUCCGGGACACAUUCAAGACGACGUAG